UGUGGUCACGCUAAUCAUUGUGCGAGUCGGCAAAAACAGUUUUGUGCCGAAAUAAAUAUAGUGCCUAAAUAACAUAAAUAAACGCCAAUAAUUAACAUUCAAAGUGAUGAAAAGCCAGCAGCAUUUGCAUUAACCGAAUGCGCUUUUCACAAGGCCUUCAAAAAACGCGAAACUUUUACACACGAAUCGAUUUUUCUGCGCUGCGCUGUGCUUGCCAACUUUCACAGCGCCCAACUAACAAAAACCCAAGCCAACUAAAAAGGCAGCAGCAAAAUGUCGCGGCAUCCUAGCGACCGGAAAGUGUAUGUUGGAGAUUUGGGCAACAAUGCGCGAAAGAACGAUUUAGAAUAUGUGUUUGGUGCGUAUGGCAGUCUACGUAGUGUUUGGAUUGCACGCAAUCCACCAGGUUUCGCCUUUGUGGAGUUUGAGAGCGCCAGAGAUGCAGCUGAUGCUGUGCGCGGCUUGGACGGCCGAACGUUGUGUGGGCGCCGUGCUCGUGUAGAGUUGUCCACAGGAAAAUACGCUAGAUCUGGUGGUGGUGGAGGCGGCGGUGGUGGAGGAGGAGGAGGCGGCGGAGGUGGUGGUUUUGGCGGAGGAGGACGUGGUGACCGUGGCGGUGGACGCAGUGAUGAUAAAUGCUAUGAAUGUGGCAUGCGUGGUCAUUUUGCGCGCCACUGUCGCGAGCGGAAGGCAAGACAACGACGCAGAAGCAACUCAAUGAGCAGAUCACGCAGUACAUCGAGGCGUCGUCGCACUCGCUCCAAGUCUGGCACCCGCUCCCGCAGUCGCUCUCCCGGUUCGGUUGGCGGCGGUCGUCGCUCAGGACGCUCGCGUGAGAAUGGCGGUCGCGAUGAGAACGGUUCGGUGUCGCGUUACAGUGACCAGGAGCAGCGCAAUGGCAGUGGAUUGGUGGACUCACCGCCGCCAGUGAAGCGGCGCUACGAUGACGAGGAUGAUGACAGAGAUAGGGGAUCACGAUCGUCACCAUCACCACCACCACGUGGUCGUGGUUCGCCACCGAUGAGACGUCGCGGCGAUUCCUCCGUCUCCCGUUCCAUGUCCAGAGACUAGCGAUGCCAGGCGGCGGCUAACAUUCAUAUUGGCCAUUAACAACAACAAAAACAAAUAGGGCUCAACCUGCUGCUCCUUGCAUUCCUGAUAUUCGCAAAAAAAACAA